AUGGAGAAUAAUGGGAAUAAAGGAACUCAAUCGCAAUUAAAGAUUUCAAACGGACCACAGCAGCAAAGAGGAAUUUGGAAACCACAAUACAUGCAGAAGAAAGUUGUAGGGAAGCAAGGAAAUUCGGUUGACCCUAGAGGCCUUGGUGGUCCAGCGGAGGUAAUUCUGGUAGCGAAUAAGGAAGGUUUGGAUAUUAUAGAAAAGGAAAUUCGAGACACAAGAAAUGAAACUUUGGGUAAUGUAUUAGAGGAUAUUCGGGAGACUAGUAAGGAAACUACAAAGAUUGCAAUUAUGGUGAUUACCAAUGGUCAGCCUGAAGCUUCAGCUAUGGAGAAAACCAAUGACCAGUCUGAUGGACCGUGUCUAUUGAAUAAUCAAAUAUCCUUGGCUUCGGAUUCCACAUUCUUUGUAGAUCAUGAUUAUAUUCGUGUUGGUAAUAGCGGUACAUCUUUGGAUGAUGACAGAGGUCUGUAUUGUGCUAAUGAACCACAUGAUAAAGGCUUCCACUCUGAUGUUGAGGUUACUACUAAUCUUGCAUGUGUUGAAAUUGACUCAAUUAACUUGCAAGUGGAGGAUUAUAAACCAUUCAGGCAUUGUUACUAG